AUGGAGACCCUUCGCACACCAGAGCGGAAGGGUGCUUCGAGCGUGCUCAACAUCAUCAAGAUCUUCGACGGGCCAUGCUACACCUGCAUCAACAACAAGUCCGUUGCCGAGGCUCCCGCUCCAGUGGAUGCGGACGGCAACGAAAUUGAGAAGCCUGCGCCAGGAGUGUGCCAUGCCGAUUGCGAAAAGAACGCGAAGCAGUGCAGGGUCACGCAGAAGAGGAUCCGCAAGCUGCUCGCCGAUCAGUUGAAGAUCAAGGAUCCGAAGACUGAGAAUGUCACUGUGCCGGAGGAAAUCUACGACGAGGACCGCUACUACAGAUUCGGCUUCGGAUGCCACGACACGGCAUGA